CAGGGGAGCACAAAGCAGAAUUAUAGUCCGGGAUAGAGCCCCGUUUCUGGAGCCGCUCUUGCUGGCGUGCGCUUUGUCCGCAGCCGCGGGGCGACUCUCAUUCGCUGAAUUCCUACGCACGACCCAGCCGCUCUCGUCUGUCGGCGGCCGGGCCGCUAGCACGCAACGCUCGCCUUGCUGUAGACACUGGCCGUGCUGUGAAACCUCUGGGUUCCCAUUUCCCAUUUAGCCAGUCAGUCACUCGGCCGGUCCGACUCGGAGGAAUAGCAAUUCGCUCGGACUGUGACAGAGGACACCUCUACUUCUAUUUAGCAGCUUUGUCGGAGCGGCAGCAGCUCUCUGCCUCUCACCGCGCGCGGGUCAUAAUCGACGUCCAGCGCCUUCCCCCCUCGGAGCAACCGCCGCACGGAGAGCGCUGGGGCGCGCGCCUUGCUCGGCUCGGGCUCCUGCUGGUGCAUUGCCUAUUGCGGCCCUUCCUGGCCUCGUCCGCUCCGUCGGCUGUAGAUACGCGGCCCAUGCGCAGACUCGAACCGCAGUCUACUACCGCUAGCAACUCUCAAUCGCCCACCAAGUCGCUUGUCGCCGCCGUGCUACAGCGACUCUCGAUGGACCUCCCCGCCGCUCCCAGUGUGAACAGCGACAGCGCGAGCCCCACGAAUAGCAGCAGUGAACCGUCGCCCCAGGCGGCAGACGCCAAGCCAAAGACUGCGCCGUCGCCGCCGCCGUCGCCUAAGAUGGUUAAGACCCAGGAACCCGUUCCGGAACAGGAGCAAUCACAGCAGCAAGAAGACGCGGACAUCGACGACGUGGAGGAGCUCAAGCAGACGCUCCUGCGCAAGUCCACGGGCUCCAUCGCCAUCAUGACGCGGCAGCAGGAGGCGUUCGACCACCGCCGACACACAUUCAGCGCCAUGUCGGCUGACGGACGCGCUAGCAUGCGACGACGCAGCUACGACCUGACCGCGCAGUUCGGGUCAACGUUCCCGCCCAGCUCGCCGCCGCAGCCGCAGCCGUUGCCGCACACACUCAAGGCGCAUCACCACCUGCAACACUUGAGAGUGUACGGCGGCUUAAAGACCGCCGGCCCCGCCAAGAGUAUCAGCGAGUGCCACGAAGAAGGGACCCCCAUGGUGGCACUCGUAACGCCCAAUCCGGACACAGUCUGGACACGAGGCAAACCCGUAAACAUCGAGUGGAAAGUGCUAGAUGCCAAGGUGGACAAGCUCUGCAUCGAGCUAUUGGAGGACGGGCUGAGUGCCACGACGCUCAUCGCGAAAGAGGCCCCAAACACGGGCUUCUUCACAUACCACAAGGUGCCGUGGGGCAUGGAGUCCGGCAAUAAGUAUUUUCUGCGGGUAUCGGCGGCGGAUGACCCGGAGAGGUACCGAACGAGCAGUUUCUUCCAGAUCAGCUCGGCCCCGUGACAUCCCCCCAUAGUUGGAGAAGAGUUAGGAGAAAAGUAGUAUGUGAAGGUCUAUUUAAUGUAAUUGCCGAAGUAGUAAGUCAAAAGGCAGUGUGAAUUGAUAAGAUGGAAGUCAUAUUUGCUAUUUUUCGGUA